AUGGCAGCGUCGAUCGAGGUAGGCCAGCGGAACUUGGACACUCCCCGGUCGCCAGUGAGCAUCUCAACAGAUUCAAGUCGGCGUGACUCCUUGAAGCAGGCCCUUCCAGAGAAAGACGUAGAGCAACAGGCUUCCAUUUCUCCACGGACCCGUUUGACACGAAAGCGAGCAGCAUCGCUGAAUACUGAUAGUGCCAACGACCCCAGAAUAGGAGAUCUGGCUCUUAACAGCGCGAGCACCAACGGUCCACCAACAUCAGAUCCAACACGGGAACAAGUCUGUCUUUGUCAACCUGAUCCUAAGAUUCCGAGACCUCGAAACGCCUUCAUUCUUUACCGUCAACAUUACCAAGCACAAGUCGUCGCCCAACAUCCCGGACUUGCCAACCCUGAAAUAUCUAAAAUCAUCGGCGAACAGUGGAGAGAACAAGCACCUGAAGUGAAGAGUGAUUGGAAACGACUGGCCGAGGAAGAGAAGCAACGUCAUCAACGACAAUAUCCAGGUUAUCGAUACCAGCCUCGACGAGCUGGUAAAUCAAACGGUUUACGACCCAUUUCCUCUUCAUCUGCAGACGACCCCGUCCGCUGUCCCAAGUGCAACGGACGAUAUAUCUCAACGCCAAGCACACCCUUAACACCAUUUACUCCAGCUUUCGGAGCUGGCCCCCGAAACGAACUUCUCAUACCAUUCACCCCAUCUCGAACUACGGAAACUGAAAUACCAAUGUAUUCAGGCCAAAUUCAAAACCCGAAGAUUGACACCCCUCGCCUGCCUCCUUACCAACAGACACUUCGACGGGCUCAAUACCCUCCGCCGCAACCUCUUCAAACCCACCGUGAAAGAGAUGAAGAUAUGGACUUGUUGAGCCCCUCUCCAGGUCAGAAGCGUCGCCGGUUCAACGAAGAGAACCAACGUCGCUACACAGCAAAUUCGCCAAUUUCCUACUCUGCGCCUCAAUCCCUUGCCAGAAAUGGGGCACCGCCAAUGUCUGCUGGGUAUAGACAACCUCCCAUCCCUGGACCUGGCAUGAUGGCUCGACCUGGUACAAUGGGACCUCCACCGCAACAGUCACCCAUGAACCAGCAAUCACGCGCACGCUACCCAACUCGGUCCGAUGCCUUCGACGAAUCUCUUCGUUUGCCUCCUUUGCAGACGCAGCUUCCAAGCUCCACCCAAGCCACAUCACAGAGACCAGAUGUGCGCCUGGAAGCUCGCGAGAUCCAAGCGAAGAGUAUUGAGGCUAUGGUUAUGACAAUUCCAUACGUGAAUAAGAUCAAGGUUUUGACCAAGAUCUCUCCGCCGCUUGCACAAUGUCCUACCAGCCCAGCCCAAGACAUUCGAGGGGCCGUCAUUGCGGUUGAAGGGCCGGACAAAGAGACUUUGAUUGAGGUUGGAGCAUUCAUCAACGAGCAUUUGAGCAAGGAUCCCUCUUGCAAGAUCAGAACCUGGGAAACAGCCACCCCAAAGUUUGCAGCAACACAGACGGUGGACACAGAAAUGGCCAACUCCAUCCCAUCAACCGCCUCGACGGUAGACAGUGGUGAAAAGGAUCCAUUCGUUGACUACUUGGCCAUUAUCUCGGAAUGGCACAAGAAAUCUGUUGAGAUGACAAGAUACAUCACCACAUCACCCGACCGCCCUUCAACCGACGUCAGUGUCACCGCCACACCCACCGCGAAGGGAAAGGUCCUUCCCAUUGCCCUCGUUCCACGUGGUUUCUCACUGUCGACCUCUGAUACAUUCGCGCUUCGUAUCCCCAUCAAUGACUCAUAUGCGCCGGUCGACCACUGGCAGUGGAUGGCCACACUGUGGCGUGGAAUAGUUGGUCCCGAUCUUACAAUCUAUGUGAACAAAGUCGGCCGUGACGAGCUGAACAAGAUGGGAGGAGUGGAGAUCCGAGGCGACUGUGCGGCCAUUAUUGUUAGAGUUCUAGAAGGCGCCAAUAUGGGCGAGAAGACUGCUCGCCGUUUGGGUUUUGAGGUUGUGGAGUUCGUGAGGAAUGUUGAAAGCGGGUUUGGAAGGAAUUAG